AUGGCUCAAGGCUCGCGACUGCAAGGAAAGGUUGUCAUUGUCACGGGAGGCGGCUCCGGCUUUGGCGCGGCUAUCGCCCGUCGAUUCGGCGAAGAGGGCGCCAAGGUUAUCGUGGCGGACAUCAAUGUCGAAGGCGGCGAAAAGGUCGCCGCGCAGAACCCCACCAGCCUGAUCUUCCAGCGCAUGGAUGUUACACAAGAGAGUGAUUGGAAGACCGCUGUCGACCUGGCAUUCUCCAAGUUUGGUGGACUGGAUGGGUUGGUGAAUAACGCGGGAACGACCUACCGGAACAAGCCCACCGCCGAGGUCACCGAGGAUGAAUGGGAGCGCGUCUUCAGGGUUAACGUCAAGAGCAUCUUUCUGGCUGGUAAAGUCGUGAUGCCUCGCUUUAUUGAGCAGGGCAAGGGUGGAUCCAUGAUCAACAUUUCUUCCACCGGCGCAAGUCGCCCACGGCCUGGUCUGGUGUGGUAUAACGCAUCCAAGGGCGCCGUUACAAACGCUACCAAGGGCCUCGCUGCCGAGUACGGUCCCCACAACAUCCGUGUGAACUGCGUUGCUCCUCUACUCUCGGGAACGGGUCUGUUUUCCAUGUUCACCGGUAUGGAAGACACCCCGGAGAACCGAGAAAAGUUCAUUGGAAACGUGCCACUGGGUCGUCUCACGGAGGCGGACGAUAUUGCCAACAUGUGUCUGUAUCUUGCCAGUGACGAGGGCAGUUUCAUCAACGGCACGGAGAUGGUGGUUGAUGGCGGCAAGUGCAUUUAA